GCGACGGUGCAGGACCUCAUCCUCGGUCUUCACGGCAAGGAGACCCCAGACGCAACCACUUUCAAAAACCUGAUCGACAGCGGGGGCGACUAUCACAAUCUGUACAAGCUGAUUUUCUUCGACAUCUCGUCAACGCAGAUCCGCCGUCAGAUCAGACUACACCUGGCCAGGGAAGGCGAGCAUCUGCGGGCGCGAGGCGGUGGCAAGUCGGGCGCUGUCGGGAUCAAGAUCUUGAGCGACGUGGACGACACGUUGCAUUGCAGCGGCGGCAAAUGGCCUGCCGGUUGCGAUACCAGCUUGCCCAAGCACACGGUGUACCCUGGGUCGUUGGAAUUCUACAGGUCGCUGGACUCGAGCUACGACCCCAAAGAGCCCAGCUGCAGCCUCAUCUUCAUGUCCGCCCGGCCGCACUUCUACAAGUCUGCCCUCGAGGACCACAGCUACCACCGCUUCAAGGCGCUCGUGGAGGAGGACCGCAUGCACGCCAUGCCCACCCUGCUCGCCGGGGAGCUGUGGCGCAGCGUCUGGGCCGCCGUGAUGCAGCCCUGCCGCAAGACGGCGGCCUGGCGGCGCGUGGGCCGCUUCAAGCACCGGACCUUCCGCAACUUCGCCCAGCUGUACCCCGAGUACGACUACGUCUUCUGCGGCGAUGACGGGCAGGGCGACCUCCUGGCCGGGCAGAUGAUGGUCUCCGAUGCUCGCGAGCUUCAGGAUGCAGAGGGCGCCGCGCGAGAGGAGGAGACCGAGGACUCGGUGGACUCGGACGGCGCGCCCCCGAGCGCCGAGACGCCUGGAGACGAGCUGCCAGAGCCCCACGUGCGCGCGUGUUUGUUCCCCUACUCCUCCACCACGUGA